AUGAUACGUCCCUUAUUAUUAAAAAGAGUCCUCCGAGGUAGACGAAAACCUUUAGAUCCUGAAUUAAAACUAGCAUUAAUCCUAUCUUAUUUAGCACAUGGGGAUAGCAGAGUAUCCAAGCAUUGGGAGUUUCGCAUUGGAAGAUCUAAAGUUCACAAAGUUAUAAAUGAUACAUGUCAUGCCAUUGUGAAGGUAUUGCAACCUAAAUAUUUAUCUCCACCAAUAGAGGAAGAAUGGGCCAAAAUUGCUAAAGACUUCUUUGAAAUAUGGCAGUUUUCCAAUUGUUUUGGGGCUAUUGAUGGGAAGCACAUACGUAUCAAAGCUCCCGCUAAUUCAGGAUCUAAAUAUUUCAAUUAUAAGAAAUACUUCAGCAUAGUCCUUUUAGCAGUGUGUGAUGCACAAUAUUGUUUUACAUGGAUAGAUAUUGAUCAAUAUGGUUCUAUUAGCGAUAGUGGAGUUUGGGCAAACUCUGAUCUCGGAUCGAUUCUGAAAAAUGGGAAUCUUAAUUUGCCUCCUCCUAAGGAACUUCCUGGUACAAGAAUAAAAAGUAAUUUUGUUCUGAUUGGUGACGAAAUAUUUCCACUGCUGCCGAAUCUCAUGAAACCAUAUAGCAGAACACAGCUACAAGACAGAGAACGCAUAUUUAACUAUAGACUUUCUCGAGCUAGAAACACUAUUGAAGAUACCUUCG